AUGAUUUAAAUAAAAUUUCCAUAACUAAAUAAUCAUAAUUAUUAAAUUACAAAUCCAAACUAUGAAAAAUCUAUGAAAUUUUAUUUAGAUGAGGCUUUGAAAUAUUUCAAAGAUCCUAUACCAAAAGAAGUAAAUUAUAUUUUAACAAUUAAUGAUUAAUCAUAAGAUUUGAAUAAGGACUUGGCAAAUCUAUAAAUUAAUAAAGCUUCAAGAAUUUAAAUAUUAUUUUCUAUUGAGAUUCAAUUAAAAAUUACUUUUUAAACAUAAAAUGAUAAGAUUGUGAUAGAAUUUAAUUCUUAUAAUCCAAUAUCAUAAUUAGAAAAAAAUCUCAAAAAAACUCAUAAUUUAUUUUCUUAUGGAUUAAAUUUCUUUUAUAAAAACAAUUUAUUAAGUAAAGAUAAAUCAUUCGUACAAUAAUAAAUUUAAAAGGAUUGUGAAAUUCAAUGUUAAAUUAUUGGAACUUAUUUAAUAAACUAUAAGGGAGAUAAUUAAGUUUAAAUCAAUAUAUUUUCAAAACUUACUUAAGUUUAUUAAUAAAUAAAGAAAUUGUUUAAUAUUGAACAAGAAUUUGAACUUUAUUAUCAAGAAGAAUUAUUAAAUUGUGAAGAAAAAAACAGAGAUAUUCUGUUUUUCGAAUAUCAAAUAAAACCAUAUUCAUUAAUUAGAUUGAAAUUAAAAGAAACUAUUACUAUAAAAUUAUAUAUAGAAAAACUUUAAUUAUUAAAAUAAUACAAGGUUUCUCAAGACUUAAAGUUUAGUGAAUUAAAAAAUAAAUUAAUAGAAGAAAAUUAAAUUGAUAAACAUUUAUCGUAUUCAUUCUUUAUAUAAAAUUAGAAAAUAUCUGAUGAUGAUUUAAUAUCUGAAUAAUAUAAACAGUAUAAGAAUUAAAUUUUUAAUUUGAAGACUGUUGAUGAAAGAAUUAAAUUUUAUAUUUGUGAAAAAAGUUUGAAUUCAUUUAAAAUUAGAGUUUGUAUGAAUUAAAAUUAAAAAAUUUAAGAUUUAUCUAAUUUAUAAUAAUUUAAGGAGUUUGAACAUCGAUUUUAUUAUUAAAAUUAAGUUUUAAAUACAUCCUAAACUUUUAAAUAAAUAAAUUUAAAAAAUUUUGAUAUAAUAUAUUAUGAGAUUGAUUUGACUGAUGAAAAUUAGAAUUUAAAUUUAGAUGAUGAAUUUUUGGUAUUUAACGAGGUAAUAAAAUUGAAGUUUGAGAAAUUUAAUAGUAACUUAAUUUAUUGUGAUGAUUUUUCAAUUUACAUUACAUUUGAUUAAAUUAAGAAAGCUGUAGGUAGAAAUUUAGAGAUUAAUGAUCUUUCAAAAAUGAUGAUAAUUUAUAAAAGUUAGUUAGUGCCUAUGAAUGUAAAAAUAAUUGAUUUAAAAAUAAAACCUAAUGAUAAUUUAGUUGUAUAAGAAUGGAAUUAAUAAUAAGAAAUAAAAUAGUUAGAGAGCAACAAAAAAAAUUCUUGA